AUGACAGACCUACACACCCGCCAGUUCUCCCACGUCGGAGGCACCUCCUCCCAGCUCCUCGACCGCCUCGCUGUCUCUGAGCUCUGCAAAGGCUGGCCAGUCUACCGCGACGCAAGCGAAUGGCUAAACUAUCGCUCCCUCUUCACCAAGGAUGCCUACGUCUGGACCACUUGGAGCGGUGCACAGCCCAUCGACGACUUCAUCCGCAUAUCCAUCGCCGGCAAGUCAUCGGGAGCCUUCAUCAUGCAUCGCGAAUGCGGCACUCUCGUCGAGCUGAACCAGGAGACGAACCGCGCCGCGGGCAAGAUGAAGGCUACCAUCACUCAGCGCUUCGAGCACCCUGACGGUUACGAGUACGACAUCGACUGUGACUGUCGGUUCCUUUUCUUCUACGAGAAGGCGAAGGAAGAAAGUGGUGAUGGGCAAAGGAAUUGGAAAGCUGCGUACGUCAAGCUUGUCUAUGAAAAGGACAAGAUCGUUGCCGUGGACGGUACUAGGGCACCGAUCUUUGCGGAUGAAGUGUUGGCUAGGUAUCCUGCGGGGUACAAGUACCUCGGAGCUGCGCAGAAUACUUUGGGAUACGAGAUUGAUGCCAAGCUUAUGUACCAGAGUAUAGAGAGGUGGUUGGAGGGGAAAGAUGGUCCUGUUGGUCUAUUCGAGACUUGAGGAAUUUCUGGCCACAAGAAGCAAGUAUUAUACUAGCAUCACUCAAACUUGGGUUGAGGCUUGGGGCCAUGUCUUUCAACCUGAAAGAAACCACCAUUGAUAGAACCUACGAGGUAUGAACAGAAUAGCCAAUAGGGAAUAGCCGUCAGAGGAACCAGCUACCGAUAGGGAACAUUCACAUGCCAUGAGCUAACCCAUCAUCUUACAUGAUGAGAUGGAGUGAGGUCGGUGAAGUAGUGCA